AUGAUGGAGGAGAUAGACCGGUUCCAGGUGCCCGCCGUGCGCGCCGAGAUGCAGCCGCUGGACCCAACGGCUGCAUCAAUUUCAGACAGAGAUUGUGAUACGAGAGAGGGAGAGACUGUAGCCAUGAACUAUAAGCCGUCCCCCCUUCAAGUAAAAUUAGAGAAGCAGCGGGAGCUGGCUCGGAAGGGCUCCCUGAAGAACGGCAACAUGGGGAGCCCAGUGAACCAGCAGCCCAAGAAGAACAACGUGAUGGCACGAACAAGGCUCGUCGUUCCCAAUAAAGGCUAUUCAUCGUUAGACCAGAGUCCAGAUGAGAAACCACUGGUAGCCCUGGAUACGGACAGUGAUGAUGACUUUGACAUGUCCAGAUAUUCCUCUUCGGGAUACUCAUCAGCUGAGCAGAUCAACCAAGACUUGAACAUCCAGCUGCUAAAGGAUGGGUACCGGUUAGAUGAGAUCCCAGACGACGAGGACCUCGACCUAAUCCCCCCUAAAUCGGUCAACCCUACCUGCAUGUGUUGCCAAGCCACCUCCUCCACCGCCUGUCACAUCCAGUAGUGAGGCCGGCAGGCUGUGAUCAGUGCUUUCCACUAUAACUGUAAAACUUAACAGCCAUUGCUUCCUCCUAUGGUAGGACGUGCACCUCUUUGUGUUCAUGGAGCCAGGAGAAACCAAAAAAAUCCAUUUUAUGAUUGGUUGAUAAGUUAUUUUAAGCUAUGGUUAAACGAAGCAGUUGUUCAAAGUGCCAGGCAGUGCCUAGCAGAACUGACUGGUCUGGAGAAUGAAUGCAGAAGGGCCUAAAGAUACCUCCUUGGUGGACACUGGAGAUGGUUUGUAAGCUGUCGCUUCCGGACUGGGAAGGAUCCGAUGGGGCUCCGGGUAAUCCUACCCCACAAAACCAAUCUAUUUGCAAGAUCAGGACUGAGUCUGAGAUGCCAGGUAUUUUUAACCAAAGGAGGAGGUCAGUUCUUAAUUCAUUCACUAAACCUGAUCAGUUUGUGUCAAUCAGAAUUAUUCCAUAAUCAGGGCACAGGAAGGGGAAUGCAGUAGGGCAUCCAAUAUUAUGGCAGGUCUAGCCAGGAGUAACAUAACACAAUUCUUUCACUUGUAAAGAGAACAAGUAGGUGGCAUUUCACUCUGAGUCAGUACUAGCUAGAGCUGUCAUGUCACAUAGCAGUGCAAUCUACCCUUAGUUCCACAUUAAAUUAUCAUCAAUCAGAUUAGAUUCAAUCUGUAAUCCAUCCAUGCUCUUCUGGAAUUCAGUCCUUGCCUAAGAGUACCAUACUCAUGAGUUCAACCCAGUCACGUUUACUGACUUCAGCCUGUACUUAAUUCCCAGGAGACCCAUAUUCUUCCAAAAAUGUUGAGCUUUGUUCAAAUAAGAAAAAAAGGAAGCCUGCACCAAAACAGAGCUAGAGUUGUACAGCCUGAAGAUCAGUACAGAAAGAGGUAGCUGAAGAAAGCACAUUUUAUGGGACUUAGCCAUGGACACUCUCUUGUCUUUCCGUGCCUACAGAAGAGAUUUGUUAACCCUGAAAGUGUCUGUGUGGUGGUGUCAGACAUGAGCAGUUUUCCAUGACAAGGGAUUAUCAACAGAUUCAGCUCCAAAGAAAAAGCCAUGGGAGGAGACUGCUGUUUAUCCCAUCUCUGCCCUCUUCUGGACCAAGUUGUGCUUGUGUGAGAACUCUCCUCCGUAAGGAACGAUUGUGUUUGUUUGGUGCCAGGGUAAUUAGAAAACCUCAUGGUAAAUUAGGUUGCUGGGCUGAAUUGCUAGGUCACCAACCAUUCGCUUUUAAUGCAGAUUAAUUUCUGGAAUUAGGAAAUGUGUUCUCUCUCUGGUCAGUCUUUAACCUUUGGCUUCAGAAUACCUAGGACUCAGGUUCUGGCUGAGCUGGCAUUUUUCCCUGAGGUGAAAUCCUUUGACACAGACACGAGGGUGUGUUUUUCCUGCUCUUUCAGGAAGGACUGCCCAUCUUGCUUCUGUGCUUGCUUUAGAUCCUGGCAAAGGCAAGAAGUGAGGGCAGUUCUAAGCUUCCCACGCAAAUUUCCUCUCAAAAUUCCUUUGCAUCACAAGAAAGAGCCUGAACUGCAGAUCAUCUAUUCAAAAUGUAUACAGAGUAAGUUGAGUCUUUAAGAAGUCCUCUUAGUGAUUAAGCAAACACUUACUUUUAAAUGUAAGCAAACACUUACUUUUAAAACACUUACUUUUUUUCAUGGAUUUUUAGCUGUGCAAUGCAAGGCAUGGUAUUGUCCAUGGCAUGAUUAAAAGAUCAGGCAUGUUCACUAGUUGGCUGUGGCCACCACGAAAGCAGUGAUUGCUCCUCUCCGUACAACAGAGGCGUUGCUGCCUCCCAGGGAACAGAGGGGACUGGCCAGUGUUGGUUACUAAAUGUUAACUGCCUCCUCCUCCAAAAGUGCUAGUUAUCUUGCCAACCCCUCUGAGAAUGCGCCUUAGCUGCAUUUUUCCCCCUUCAUAAUCCCAUGCUAGUGCUGAGAGGGAAUAUUUCCAAAAUGUUUCUUAAGAAGCACAAACCACCAAGUCUCCAGUCUUGGCUUCUUCAUUCAUGUGUCUGCUUUUCUCCCCAGUGCUGGCUCAGGAGUGAGAUUAGCAAGUUGACUGGAGGGAGAAGAGCUCUCACCUCAAAGGCUAGGGAGAAAAGAUAAAAGGAGAAAAAAAAAAAAACCUUCCUUAAGGAGUCUUUUUCUUAAGUAUAGAAUCUGGUCAAAACUUAACAGAAAUCCCAUGGUCAAAUCAAAUCCUACAGGACACAGUGAAGUCUUUGUCAAUGUUCCUCAUGCUUAAGCAGGGUUGUGCAGUUCAGAGUGGGUACCACACAACCUCCUCGUAUUUAUCCUCUUGGGUCAGGGUCUGCCCCUUCCAGCCAGGCUGCACAAACUCAGCCCUCCAUAGAGCCUUUGCACGAAGCUUCAAACAUUUUGGGAUACCUGC